AUGCCCUUUGGAUUGUGUAACGCUCCGGCGACUUUCCAAAGGUGCAUGACGUCUAUCUUUCCGGAUUUGAUUGAGGACACGGUUGAGCGCUGCGAGGAGACAAACCUAGUGCUUAAUUGGGAGAAAUGUCACUUUAUGGUCAGGGAAGGAAUCGUCUUGGGACACAAGAUAUCUGAAAAGGGGAUCGAGGUUGAUCAAGCAAAGAUUGAGGUGAUGAGUCAGCUUGCUCCACCAAAGACAGUCAAGGACGUAAGGAGUUUCCUUGGUCAUGCCGGUUUCUAUAGGAGGUUCAUCAAGGACUUCUCAAAAAUAGCUCGUCCUUUGACACGUAUCUUGUGCAAGGAGACUGAGUUCUUGUUUGACGAGUAG